AUGUCGGACCCACCGACGGGAGGGCCCGAGCCCUUUCCCACAAACACCCAAGAAACGAUCGCCAGCAUAUUAGGGGAAGAACUGCAGGCUACGACAGCGGCUGACAGCUCCAGCUUGCUCUCUGAGAAUCGGAAGCGAACCCGGAGCGGCGAUGUCUUCGCACCUGCGGACCCCGCUGCUCGAAUCACCACCAAGGAGGUGUGGAAACUCAUCGGCACGCUGAAAGACGUCAUCCGCCGCCAAACCGCGGCCAUCGUAGCUGCCCAAGAUGAACUGCAGGAGAUCAAACACAAUCAGAAUGUUCUCCAGGAACAGAACGAAAAGCUGCACGAGGAGGUGAAAGCGUUGCGAGCACAAGUGGAAAACGCCCCACCAGCGACGCCUACCAGGACCUGGGCCACAGUUGCAGCUAGCGGCCGCAAUGACACCUCCCCGCUAAACCGCCAAAAACCCGAAAAGGAGCAAAAUUGCAUUCGAAUCAGCACUCAGAGAACCUUUGUGGACCCAAGAGACAGUAAUGACGAUGAUGGAAACGCCUUCGGGCGAUACCUCCCCAUCGACGCCGCCAACAACCACAUUCGCACCGCAUUGCAGAGCGAAGCCGCAACGCAAGACGUCCAAGUGGCUGGAAUCGGCACUACCAAAACCGGCUAUAUCAUUCGAUUCAAGAACGCGGAGUCGACUGAGGCGGCCCGCAACAACACUAAGUGGCUACAUAACUUGGGCAACCACACCAAGCUGGUAAAGCCACGGUUUGGUGUCGUCGUACACCGAACCCCCACCGAAGAAUUUGACCUGGAAACCAGGGCCACUCAGGCGGCACAGAAAAUUAUCGAAGAUAACGACCUAGCUGAACACGGCUUUCGCAUCGAAGAGCUGGCCUGGAUGAAAUCAAAAGAUAAGACCCUAGGGAAGUUCGCAUCUCUGGGAAUUUGGUUCGACUCCGCAGACGGAGCGGAACAUAUGCUUCGGCAAGGGUUCCUUGUCAGCGGGAACUAUAUUCACCAGGUGGAGCGACGCGAGAUCAAGAAGAAGAGAUGCUUCCGAUGCCAACGGUUUGGCCAUCUAGCAUGGACGUGCAAGGAAACGCCACGAUGCGGACACUGUGCGGGCCAGCACGAACGGGAACGCUGCCCACCCGGAAUGCUAGAGAGAAACCUCCGCGUCCUACAGUUGAACAUAAUGAAAUCAGGACCGAGAAUGGAGGCACUGAUCAACGAUCCUCAGAGCCAAGAUCUGGAUGUACUUUUGAUCCAGGAGCCAUCCAUUACCACAUAUCGCACGCAUGUCAACCACAGCGCCUGGCGACUUUAUCGACCUACCACGCAGACCGACGCAGUUCGCUUCCGCAGCCUAGUCUACGUAAAUAGACGAAUCUCUACCUCCUCACACCGCCAGAUACCUUGCGACCACCCAGAUAUCGCAGCCAUCAAGAUCUGGUCAGCCGACUCCCAAAUCCUUCUCUUUUCGGUCUACAUACCUCCAGCACCGCUUUUCAUGGGCGACGACGAGUCAGCACUACCAGCCCUUACAGCAAUACAAAACACCAUCACGGCCGCGCUGCAAAACGAGCAGCGGCCGACAAACAUCAUUCUAUCCGGAGACUUCAACCGACAUCACCCACUGUGGGGCGGCAACCACAUCCCACCCAGAUUCAUCGAGCAUGCCAGGGACCUGAUCGAGUUUCUCCAAAGCCACAACCUCCACAGCUGCCUCCCCCGAGGAACAGCGACUUACUGGGCCUUGAACAACCCAGGCCAAAACUCGACCAUCGAUCUAACAGUGACAGACCAACCAGAACGGCUUGUCAAGUGCCAUCUAUAUCACGAGAACUACGGAUCCGACCACCGUGCCACGUACUCAGAGUGGAAUAUUCAACCCCAGAGCAAGCCAAACGACAAAGUGAGAAAGGCGUAUGAGCGCGCGGACUGGGCCAGAAUAGGCGAGGAGGUAGCUCGGAAGAUGAGCCCCUGGAAGGAUAUCAGGACCCGGCCAACACUCGACCGGGUUGUGGAGAAGCUCACAGCAGUGACAGCCCAGGCAGUCGACCAGUUCACGCCCGACACUCGCCCAACACCAUACUCCAAACGGUGGUUCACACCAGAUCUCAAGGUCCAACAAGCCGAAGUCAAUCAACUGCGCCGAAGAUGGCAGGCGAGCUGUGCGGAGCUUGGACGAGGCCACGCUAGCACUAUUACAGCAUUUCAGCUUAUGCAACAGAAGCGCCGAGCGUGGACCCGGACCAUAGAGAAGGCCAAAGCAUCGCAUUGGAGACAGUUCUUGGACGAGGCGGGUGAAGGGAAGCUCUGGAAAGCUGCGACCUACAUGAAGCCUCGAGAAACGUGGGGGUGCACCCCGGCCCUGAAGGUGGGCUCACAAGAGCUCACCCAGAACGAAGAGAAAGCGAGGGCCUUCCUUGAAGCGUUCUUUCCCGCAAUGAACACACCCGAUCCCAGCCCACCAGCGUCGCCACAACCAGAGCUUCCGUGGCACCCGAUCACCGAACUGGAGAUUGAGCGAUCACUGAAAACAGCGAAAGGGACCACUGCGCCAGGGGAAGAUAAUCUACCGAUGCUGGUCUGGAAGAAACUAUGGGUAUAUUUGAAGCCCUUCAUCAUUAGCAUCUUCAGAGCGUGUAUAGACUUAGGACACCACCCAAAGCCAUGGCGGAGCGCGAAAAUCAUUGUUUUACGGAAACCGGGCAAGCCAGAUUACGCGAUGCCCGGCGCUUACCGCCCAAUCUCACUUUUGAACACGCUCGGGAAGCUCCUCGAGGCCGUGAUGGCCCGACGGUUAUCUCAUCUGGCAGAGAAGCAUGGCUUGCUACCAAACAGCCAGUUCGGCGGACGCCCGGGCCGAACCACCGAGCAAGCAUUGCUGGUGCUGUCGAAUGCGAUCGACCAAGCAUGGUAUAAACACAAGGUGGUGACUUUAAUCGCAUUCGACCUCAAGGGCGCCUUCAACGGGGUAAAUAGGCUGAGCCUAGAUGCCUCUUUACAGGCGAGAGGGAUCCCAGUGGUGGCAAGAAAAUGGAUCGCGAGCUUCAUGAGUGACCGACACGCCAACAUUGGAUUCGACGAUUUUCGUACGGAAACAGAGCUGCUAGUGAAUGCAGGUCUAGCGCAAGGCUCGCCGCUGUCUCCCAUCCUGUUUGCUUUCUUUAACGCCGAUCUGGUCGACCAGCCCGUUGACUCCCACGGAGGCGCGUCGGCGUUCAUUGACGACUACUUCCGAUGGCGAGUAGGCCGCUCAGCCGAGGAAAAUGUAGCCAAAAUACAGGCUGAGGAUAUUCCUCGUAUCGAAGAGUGGGCGCGACGAACUGGAUCCUGCUUCGCGGCGGAGAAAACCGAGCUCAUACACCUCACCCGAAAGAAAGGAGAACACCUAGAAGGUCUAACCUUCGAUGGAGCUGUCAUCAAACCGUCACUCAGAGCCAAAUUGCUAGGGGUGGUGUUCGACCAAGGACUUCGCUGGAAGGAACACGUUCAGCAAGCUAUCAAACGCGCCACCAAGAUCACUAUCGCUCUAAGUGGACUACGACACUUGCGUCCAGAACAAAUGCGACAGCUCUACCAAGCAUGUGUCACGCCCGUCGUAGAUUAUGCCUCGACAGUCUGGCAUGAUCCGCUCCGGGACAAGACUCACCUGCGACACUUGAACACAGUACAGAGAACUGCGUUGAUCCGGAUUCUAUCGGCAUUCCGGACAGUGGCCACCGCAACGUUAGAAGUCGAAGCUCACAUACUUCCUACGCACCUCCGCCUCCGCCAACGCGCGCAGCGCACCAUUGCGAGGUUAUAUACUCUACCGCGUGACCACCCCAUUUGGAGCGCAUUAUCACGGGCUCAGAAUCGUAGAAACAAUGUAGGAUCGUACGCGCGUUUUCCCCUGGCGGAAGCAUUAAAAACCAUGGACGUUGACAGGCUCAAUGAGCUGGAAACGAUCGACCGACGUCCGCUGCCGCCGUGGCGAACCGACGCCUUCACGGAGAUCGAGCUUGAACCCGACCGAGAGAUAGCGAGAGAAAGAGCGGAUUCUGUAAGGGAAACGUCAGAAAUUGUCGUCUACUCGGACGCCUCCGGGCGUGAGGGUCAUCUGGGAGCUGCCAUGGUCGCGCUCAACGACCAUGAAGAGGUGAUCGAAUCUCAACAGGUCCAGGUAGGGCCGAUGGAACGUUGGUCCGUCCACGUAGCAGAGCUCAUCGGCAUCUUCUACGCGGUCGAUAUGGUGUUCAGGCUGGCCCACCAACAUUCAAUCGUUAGAAGCAGCGCGCACAUAACAGCAACCAUCCUUUGCGAUAGCCGAUCGGCGUUGCAAGCAAUCCAAAACGCGAGGAAUAGGUCGGGACAACGAAUUGUCCACGCGAUCCUCCAGACAGCGACCGAGGUUCAAGCACAGAAUGUCAGGCUCCGCCUCCAAUGGAUGCCAGGACAUUGUGAAAACGCCGGGAACGACGCCGCGGAUCGACUGGCCAAGGAAGCCGCGCAGCCGGGCAAAUCCCAUUCUUUCCGGCCGCUGCUGACGAGGGAAAAUGCAUUCAUUCGCGACAAGAUUCAUGCCCAGUGGGAGCAAGAGUGGAAAUCAAGCACCAAAGGCGCUCACCUACGGAAAAUUGACAGUACCCUACCGGCGAGACACACAAGAAAGCUGUACGGGAACUUGCCCAGGAAUCGAGCGUAUUUGCUCACUCAGCUACGCACGGGCCAUAACUGGUUGUCCACCUACGCCAAGAAAUUUGGCUUCCGCGACGAUGAUCAAUGUGAAUGCGGAGCGCGGGAGACAGUCAGCCAUGUAUUAUUGGAGUGUCCCAAUCUACGAGAACUGCGGGUAGAAUUGAGAAGAAAUACCGGGGAUGCGUUUCAUAGCGUGUCGAGUCUGCUGGGAGGCUCAAAUGAAGGUGAGAAAGGUAAACCAGACAUCGUCUCGCGAACCAAAACAGUUCAAGCUGUAUUGGACUUCGCCGAGGCGUCACAGCGGUUUCGCAGUCGUGCGCCAUAA